AUGGGCACAGUUUGUGUCAAAAAGCAACAAACUUCUUAAAGAUUAUAACCAUAAAUUCAAAAUUAAUCUACAAAAACCUAAAAUGCAAGUGUUGAGCCUUCUUAAAGAAAUUAAAACCAACUUCAAGAAUAUCAGCAACCACCCAAAUAGACCAACAUGAUUUAAGUCAAAGAAAAUACAUCUAAAUAAAUAUAUUUUAGUGAAGUAUCUAAAAUAUCUAAUUUAGUUUACAUCUCCUAGAUCUGAAAUCAAUGAAAGAUCAAUUCAUAGUAAAAGUGAUCUUUCAAAAGUUCAGCCUAUGAAAUAUCAUAACUUAAAUUAAGAAAAUAAUAAAAACCAAAAUUAAAAUGAAGAUGAAUAAGAUACAAUUGUUCAAGUUUCAGAACCAAAAAUCUAAAAUAUUAAAGUUCUUAAUAUCUUAAAUACAUUAUAACCUUUCAGAUAUGAUCUUGAUAAUGAUACAAAAUUUAUUGAUUCUAUAUCAUUAUCUCCACAAGUAAAUUUGUACCAAGUAUUAUAGAAAUUUAUAAAUACGGGCAUAAUAUAUGUUGGAUAAUGGAAUAAUAGAUAAAAAUAAGGUAGAGGACGUUAAUUUUGGCCAAAUGGUACAUAUUAUGAAGGAUACUGGUAAAAUAAUUAAGCUAAUGGAUUUGGGAGACUGAUAUAACCAGAUGGAUCAUAUUAUGUAAAAUUUAGGUUUUGUAAAUUUACAGGAAGGUAAUUGGAUGAAUGAUUUAUAAUUUGGAUUUGGAAAAUUUGUAGAUAGUGAGGGUAAUUAUUAUGAAGGAGAAUGGAAAGAUAAUGAAAAGAAUGGUUAUGCUAUUGAAUAUUGGAUAUCAGGUGAUUAAUAUUAAGGGUAAUAUCUUAAUGGUAUGAAAAAUGGAAGAGGUAGAUAUACAUGGGUCAAUGGUAAUAGUUAUGAAGGAACUUAUGUUAAAGAUUAGAUUUAAGGUUUUGGAACAUAUAAAUGGCCAGAUGGUCAAGAAUAUACUGGUGAGUGGUUGAAGAAUUAAAUGCAUGGUAAAGGCACAUUUAAAUGGCCAAAUGGGAAUAGAUAUGUUGGAGAUUAUAAAGAAGAUAAAAAAGAUGGAUAAGGCAUAUUUUAUUUUUCAGAUGGUAAAACUUUAAAGGGUACUUGGAUUUAAGGUAAACAAAAUGGAAUUGGUGUACUUACAGAAUUGGAUGGAAAAGAAAUUGUUGGAAUUUGGGAUAAAGGAAGAUUAGUUUCAAAAGAAUGA